UCUGGAUCCAUCGACUGCAAUCGCUGUCUCUAAUGCGGAAUCCCGUGGCGUGUGUGUCGUGCCGCAGCGCAAAGCAAAAGUGCAUCCACAACGACGCGCCGCCGUGUGAUCGCUGCCGGCAGAGCGGCCGAGCUGCCCUCUGCGAAUUCCCUCUGCCUGGCACAUCAGCAAUUCAUCGCAGACCAAAACGCCCGCGGCCAUCAGAUGAGACUCCAGGCACAACUCCCCCGGGCGCCUCAGCAGCCGCAACGCCCCUAUACCGCCGCAAUGAUGCGCACUUGCCGAGUCCCACCAAUGCCGCUCCGCCGCUGUCCCCGAGUGCGGCAUCUUCGCUGCUGGACGGCCUAGACCCCUUUGACCUAUUGACGGACGAGGUCAAGAACAGCUACCUGCGAUGCUCGUACAAAUGGAGCUUCCACCACACGCCCACGCUGCUGCUGCGGAUACGCGACCGCACCCUUGAGCCCUACCUCGUCUGGGCGCUCCUGGCGCUGGCCGUCAGAUUCGUGAAAGACCCCCCAAUUUGUUUCGCCACGCAGACAGAGGCCAGCAAUGCCUAUGCCGCGCGGGCACGCCAGCUCCUCCAGGGCGACCUCGAGACACCGAGCAUCAGCCGCGUGCAGGCGCUGCUGAUGCUUACGGGGCAUGACUGGGGCGCCGGCAAUGGGCGACGGGCGUGGAUCUACCUGGGCAUGGCGAUACGGCUGGUCGAGGUCAUGGACCUGACGCAGGAGCUGAAGACACCGAGGAAUCGCAUGCCGACACGAGACGAGUUCAUCGAAGCUGAGGUCCGACGCCGGACAGCCUGGACAUGCUUCUUGAUGGACUCACUGCUGAGUGGUGGCAAAGGCCGUAAAAGGUCGCUGAACUCCUCUGACAUGGCCAUUCAACUUCCCUGCGAAAAGGAGGCUUUCAUUUUUGGCGAACCUAGGUGCACACAGCAUCUUGACGGCAAUGUUCGCAUGCCUCCAAUCGCCCUGCCAGUGGGCGACAUUGGCCUUAUCGGGUACAGCAUGCGUGUCGCCAACGUUUGGGGCAAGGUUGCGCGCUGGGCAUGCACUGAGGAUUUCAAGACAGAGCUACCCUGGUCGCCCUCUUCACAAUUCCAACAAUUGAUCUACGAACUCGAACGGUGGAAGAACAACUUGCCACAGCGCUCACGGUACGAUCUCUUCUCUCUACACAGCCACAACGCAGUCGAGCAAGGUCAAGCGUACUGCUACAUGCACAGCAUCUACUUCAUGAGCUACAUGUUUCUGCACCGCGCCUACCUUCCAGUUCUGGGCCCUCAGCAGAACGGCACAGUGGCUGAGGAGACACCGAACUCGUACAAUGACCACACCGAUAUGUGGAAGAACUGGCAAAAGACUUCACGAAGAGAGUUAUUCAAGGAGGCCACCAUGGUGCUGGAGAUGCUCGAGGAGAUGCGUACGUUCGGUGUGUUCUUCCUACGUGGUCUUGUGCCAUGGAUUGGAUUCACCAUUUACACAGCAGUCGGUGUCAUGCUGUACUCUUUCAACUUUCCCAGCGGUGAGGACGACCCGAGGAUCGUAGAGAAGGCGCGUGAAAGGGUCAUACAGGGCUGCACAUUCCUCAAGGAGAUGAAGACGCAGUGGCCCAUGGCAGCGACAUGGUUCGAGACGAUCAAGCGCAUGCAGGUCUACUACCGCUCAGUCCUUGGACAGGACGCUCCUGCCUUGCCAGAAGAGCGCAAAGCACUCCGACGGGCUAUGAUCGACUAUGGCGCUCUUCAGCCUUCGCCAGUCCAGAAACCCUCGGAGGGAAACAAGGGUACCGACACAACCAUUGUACAAACCGUCAUCUCCCCUCCACCUCAAGAGAACAAGUUCCUUAGCGUUACACUGGGACCAGAGCAACCACUUGUCACACCGCCGACAGCUACGCCGACACCGAAUGGCUUCAACAACAAUGCCUACUCGUGGAACACACCAAACGCAAUACUGCCGUUAGAGCUUGAUGAGACGUUCAGCUGGGAAGGGUUCGAUCUGAGCAACGCAGAUAUGGAAGAGAUCAUGAUGAAUGCAACGCAAGAUUUCUGGGCUAGCUUUCCUGGCGAGGUGGGUGUUGGGUAUGGAAACGACUAUACGAGCAGUUAGGCAACUGCAUCUGAGGACAUGAAAGCAUUUAUGCCCAUCGAUCCGCGGCUGUGUCCCUUGUGUUUGUACUUGAUGGUAGUACAGACAUGACGAAGACAUCUUGUACCGUCGGCAGCCGGCGUCCACGAGAUCCGUAUCGUGACCAAUCAACGUCUGCCGGGACCCACAUCCUCGGCUACGACCCCAUCGAUACCCCAACGUUCACCCCACUGCACUAAAACCGUCGGGAAACCCUGCAUCCGAAGCUGAUGCUUGAAUUUCUUCAAAACAGAGUCUUUUCC